AUGUCUUCCGCCACAACAUCAAAUGUUCCCGAGAAAACUCCUGACGACUCUUCCAAAUUGAAGACCUUCCUUUCCAUUUUAAAGAAAUUCAUCGGAGUCGCCGAUAUUGCAUCUGUUCGCUUUUCAUUACCUGCCCAUCUUCUAGAGCCGACGCCCAACCUGGAAUACUGGAACUACUUGGAUAGACCAGAGACCUUUGCAAGCAUUGGUAAAUCAGAAGAUCCGCUGGGCCGGACGCUGGAGGUCUUAAGGUUUUGGUUUACAAAGGACUUGAAAUACAUCAAGGGAAAGCCGUGCAAGCCAUAUAAUUCUACACUGGGUGAAUUCUUUAGGGCCACUUGGGAAGUUGAUGCCACCCUCCCGGAGAUACAGGUGCGUUCUGAGGCUAGGACAGCGGAUGGAAUAUCCACCAUAAAGGACGGCGAUGGGGAGGCGGUCAAGGUAUGCUACCUGACUGAACAGACAUCUCACCACCCACCAGUAUCCGCUUUCUUCAUCGACUGCCCACAGCGCGGAGUCUCAGCACGUGGCUUCGACCAGAUUAGUGCUAAAUUCACAGGCACAAGUAUUCGCGUUGCGCCCGGUCAGCACAACUUAGGAAUAUUCGUCAACAUUGCUUCCAGGGAUAAUGAAGAAUACCAGUUGACGCACCCGGCUGCUCAUUUGGGCGGCCUACUGAGGGGUGCACUGGCUAUUACUGUGUCGGAUACAUGUUAUGUUACUUGCCGCAAAACACGAAUCAAGGUGAUUUUGCAAUACCUCGAAGAUGGCUGGAUCGGCCGAGCUCAGAACAGGGUCGAGGGCGUGAUUUUCCGAUACGACCCUGAUAUGGACACCACAACGAAAGUAAAAGACGUGCCGGAAAGCGAUAUUCUUGCGAAAAUCACCGGGUCGUGGCAUGGAAAAAUCCAUUUCACUUUGUCUGGGACAAGUGAGCCUCAGCUUCUAAUCGAUAUUAGCCCGCUUUUCCCUGUCGCGAAGAGUGUCCCCCCCGAGGAGAUCCAACUAUCGAAUGAGUCUCGCAAGUUUUGGUCCAGCGUCACCCAGGCGAUACUGGAUAAAAAUUAUAGCCAGGCUACCAAAUAUAAGCAGGAUAUUGAAGAAAAACAGCGCCAAAAGGCUGCUGAAAGACAGGCAACGAGCGAGACGUGGCGGCCGCGGUUCUUUACUGACGCUGUUACUCCAUUGGGCAAGCCAGAGUUGACUGAAGAAGGGCGCAAGGCUCUGGAAGGGCUUCGUAUUGGCGACUACUGUUUGAAGGAAAGUGAGACAAAAGGCGCAUAGACUUCACGUUCUGGUGCGAUUG